AUGGAUUCAAGCUUGUGCUUUCCCAAGAUUUGCUUGCUCUUGUUCCCGGCGUUGGUGCUCACGAGUGGAGUCCACUCCCGCUCCCAUGAUCAAGUGAAGGUCUUCGACGUGAGGAGCUUCGGCGCCGUCGCCGAUGGGAAGACCGACGAUAGCAAGGCAUUUCUUGAUGCUUGGAAUGAUGCUUGUCAAUACAAAAGUGGACUUAGGAGGAGGCUGUUCAUUCCACAUGGGACAUACAUGGUUUGGCCGGUGGUGUUCAAGGGGCCAUGCACCGGCCCCAUUGUGUUCACGCUCAAAGGGGUGGUCAAAGCGCCCGUUGACAAGUCAACGUUCUCUUUGGACCAUUGGAUCGCCUUCCAGUACCUCAGCCGGCUGUUGAUCAACGGCGGCGGUACGUUCGAUGGCCAGGGCCUAUAUGCUUGGCCUGAGAAUGAAUGCGCUUGCAAGUCUCUUCCAGUGUCGGUGAGAUUCAAUUUUGUCAACAACACAUGGAUCCGUAGGAUAAGUUCGGUCAAUAGCAAGAACUUUCACUUCAACGUAUUCAAGUGUGACGAUCUCGAGUUUUGGCGCGUCCGGAUAAUCGCCCCCGACGAGAGCCCCAACACGGAUGGGAUCCACAUAGGCGACUCGUCCCGCAUCAGGAUCACUGACUCCAUGAUCGCGACCGGGGACGACUGCGUCUCGGUAGGGCCGGGGUCAAAGGACGUGGAGGUCGUGGACGUCCACUGCGGGCCGGGCCAUGGGUUCAGCGUGGGGAGCCUCGGGAGGUACCCGAACGAGGCGGACGUGAUCGGGCUGUCCGUGAGGAGUUGUACUAUGGUCGGGACUCAGAAUGGUUUGAGGAUCAAGACAUGGGCUUCUCCACUCAAAAGCAGUGUCCAGAAUAUCUCGUUUCAUGACAUUACCAUGAAGGAUGUGCUCAAUCCCAUUAUCAUUGACCAAGAGUACUGUCCUGGUGGUGGUUGUGCCAAGCAGCCGGGGUCGAAUGUUCAGAUCAAUGGCGUUUCGUUCACGAAGAUCCGGGGCACUUCGGCUUCGGAGGUGGCGGUCAGCCUCGUAUGCAGCCCAAACGUGCCUUGCAAGAACAUCAACCUGCACAACAUCGACCUCACGUACCCUGGAGGAAGAGGGCCUGCCAAGUCUCGCUGUGCUCACGUGAACGGCCAAUCUGGCGGUGUGCAGAACCCGGUGUCUUGUAUCUAGCACGGAUAAAUAAGAAGCCAGCCGGCUUUUCCUUUCUCCUAUUUCCCGACCGCGACUAGCAAGAAAUGUGUUAGUGUUGAGUCAAGGACAUUGUCGGGUCGAGUAGGAUUGUUUCUCCUUCAGAAUGUGAACCCGUCUGGGCGCUAGGGUAACUGGUAAUCAGAAAGAGAGAAUGUGUUCUUUGAUGCCACAUCCUACUUCCACUGGAAAUGUAAACUCUGCUAGAUCAAGCAAUUUGACUUUUCUUUGAUCGAAACGAGCAGUCUCUUCUUGUCAUCCCAGCAGUGACCAUGUAACAAGAUCCUGGUCUCUAUGACUAGCAUCAUAAGCAGAUCAUUUUGUUUCUAGGACUGCUCAGAUUGAACUC